GCACAGUUUUUUGCCAUUUUGUCCAAAUAGUUUAUUGUGUCGCUGUAGGCUGUUCCGCUUGUCAGAACAGAGACAGAAAGACUACGUAUUUAUUUUAAAACAAAAAUAAAGUGACCAUUUCUUUUCGUGUUCCUUUAUGGUGCCAGCGCACAUAGCUGGCCAAGACUUCUUUGCGCUAGCAGGUUAGCUCGCUAAGCUAACCAGGAAGGACGAAGUGACAGCGGCGGUUUAUUAGCGUCGCGCCCCCCUUCUCCCCUCCUCCUGCCUCGCUCCACUGUCGACUUCGGAGCACUUCCACCGUCCCCCGGGCGUCACUUUCCACAGACGUGUUUGCGUGCGCUCGCAUGGGCAGAGGAGGAGUACACCGAAAUCUUCCGAAAAGCCCACGCUCUCCGUCGUCUGUCGUGCCUCGUCUCUCUGUCAAGUUUUUAAAGCGAAUUGAAGAUGGCGACCAGCUCGGAGCGCAGUCCUCCUCCGUUCCCUGACUCCGGAGACGCCGCAGGCCGAGGCAGCGAUGAAGACGACGGAGACGACCUCUUCAUGAGUGUGAGCGACUCCUCACUUAGCGAGGUGCCGUCAGUCAGCCGGCCCAGUGACGAUUUGACGACUCCUCCCAGUGACGCCACAAGCGACCCCGCGAGUGACCUCAUCAGCAGCGGGUCGGGAUCCAAAACGCUGAGCGACAAUUUGACGACACCUCCCAGUGACGUCAUGAGCGACGCGGUUGGCGGCAGCUCGGGAUCUAAAACGCCGAGCGAGCCUUCCGACGAGUUUGAUGACCUCACAGGCAACUGGAUGAGUCCGGCCGUCUCGGUCGCUUCCAGAUGUGAAGCGAGAGCCUCCAGUGAAAACCCUUUUAACGAUGAUUUCGUUGACAUACUGGGAAGCGAAACUGAACCACAGCAACAGGAAGUUGAGGUCGGGGAUGUAGGUGAAAGCUGGUCGGAUGAGUGUGGUAACGCAAAAGAGGAAGUAAAAGAAACCGCACCGCUUUUAGAUGUCAGUUUGUCAGUGGAUCCCGAACCACAGCUAUCUAGCAAAAUAGUCGACCCUCUAGCGGACUUCUUUGACGAUCCUCUCCCCGCUGCGGGCCAGAAGCAAAGCGCUGCCGCGGACCUGUUCGAAGACGAGGGCAGCGACUUGUUCGCCGACCCGCGGCAGAUCAGAUCCGCCAGGCCACCUCAGAAGAUCCUCUUCGGCGAGCCUGAUGAGGAUCUCUUCGGGGAGCCGCUGGGCACCAAGAAGUACCCCGCUGCUGAAGAGCCGCAGGCCGAGCCUCUUGCAGACAAGUCCCCGAGCGGCGACGGCAAAGCGGGCCGGGGACCGCUGCUGGGGCGUAACCACGGCGACCUCUUCACAGAGGAAGCCGUCGCCCCCAGCAACAGCUCUCUCCUCAACUCCCGGACGAACGGGGUCCAUGUGGAAGAAAGCUCCGAUAUAUUUGCAGAAGCUACAGUGGAGCUGUCUCUCGACAGUCCGCGCAGCGAGAGGAAGGACGCCACCGUCGCCAAACCUUCCUCGUCGGCUCCCGCCGUGCCAAGCGCCGCCAGUGUGGCCAAGCCUCCGCCGGCUGCGCUGGAGGAACUGGAAGAAGAGGAGGAGUCAGAGCUUGAAGACAAAUUUGACAUCACCAUCUCUAUUACCGACCCAGAAAAAAUAGGGGAUGGAAUGACCGCCUACAUGGCCUACAAAGUGUCCACUCGGACCACGUUGUCCAUGUUCUGCAACAAGACGUUCACGGUGCGCCGACGCUUCAGUGACUUCCUGGGCCUGUACGAGAAGCUCUCUGAGAAGCACGCACCCAAUGGCUUGAUCGUGCCCCCUCCGCCGGAGAAGAGCAUCCUGGGUAUGACCAAGGUGAAGGUGGGAAAGGAGGACUCGUCGUCCGCGGACUUUGUCGAGAGAAGAAGAGGCGCCCUGGAGAGGUAUCUUCAGAGGGUGGUCACUCAUCCUUCGCUUCUCCAAGACCCCGACGUGCGAGAGUUCCUGGAGAGAGAAGAAUUGCCCAGAGCUGUGAGCACGCAGGCUCUAAGUGGCGCCGGAUUCUUGAAAAUGAUCAACAAGGCGACGGACGCCGUCAGCAAAAUGACCAUCAAGAUGAACGAGUCCGACGUGUGGUUCGAGGAGAAGCUGCAGGAGGUGGAGUCAGCAGACCAACAGUUCAGGAAGCUCCACGCGCUGGUGGAGUCGCUUGUCAUCCACAGGAAAGAGCUUUCCAUGAACACGGCGAGCUUCGCCAAGAGCGCCGCCAUGCUGGGCAGCGCGGAGGACAACACGGCGCUGUCCCGGGCCCUCUCGCAAUUGGCUGAGGUGGAGGACAAGAUGGAGCAGCUGCACCAGGACCAGGCGGCCAACGACACCUUCUGCUUCGCCGAGCUCAUUGCCGAUUUCAUCCGACUGCUCGGUGCCGUCAGGGGCUCAUUCGACCAUCGCAUGAAGGCGUGGCAGCGCUGGCAGGACGCGCAGAGCACGCUGCAGAAGAAGCGUGAGACCGAGGCCAAACUCCAGUGGGCCAACAAGCCCGACAAGCUGCAGCUGACCAAAGAGGAGAUCGCAGAGUGGGAGGCCAAAGUGACGCAGUACGAGCGAGACUUUGACAGAGUGUCAGCCACCGUGCGCAAGGAAGUGAUCCGCUUUGAGAAAGAAAAGGCGAGGAAUUUCAAAAGACAGAUCAUAAAAUAUCUGGAGAAUCUGCUCAAGUCCCAGCAACAGCUGAUCAAGUACUGGGAGGCCUUCUUACCCGAAGCGAAAGCUAUCGCCUGAGUGGGGGGGCUUCUCUACUUGGCCUUUUCUUUUUUGUCCUUUUGGCUCACGUUUGACCUCUCGCCUUUAAAACCAAGAGAGGACGUGUGCGCAUUGUUGUAAAAAAAAAGUUUACAAUCAACCCUUUUCUAAAUCAACCUUUAGCUCUUUAUAGCUAUAUUUCCCUAUCAUGUAACCUUCCGCAAAUAUUUUCUUAUAAAACAAAGAAGGCGCGCGACCCGUUUAUUCAGGGUUUGUCGUUCACAGCACGUAGCCCUCUGGCUAAACGACUCAAAAGGGAUAAAGCCGAAAUUUUGUUUGGAUUUAAAAAUAAAUAAAUAAAUAAAUAAAGUACUUCAAUACCAGCUGUCUUGGGUUAAACGUGUUUUUGAUGCUGCGAUGGGCGAAGAGCCAUUAGAAUCGCGGGGACGUGCACACAAUCGCCUCGUACGUUUGACGUCACUUGUAUAUUAAAAAAAAUACGAAUAACAAAAAUCACUUCACAUAUCUGUGCCUUCUAUAAACGGACGCGAUGAGACACUUUCGGGCGAUGAGACACUUUCGGGCAACGUUACGAAUGACGAAGUUUUUUUUCAUAGUGCAUAUUAGUUUAAGGCAUUUUCCUCAUCUACUGUACGAAGGAGUAUUUGGAUUACACUACAGCGGGAAAAAUAUCGGAUUAAAAGUCAUACAAUAUUUGCAAUUGCUACGAAUGUUACUGGUUGAUAAGACCUAAUUAUUUCACAUGCGAAGACAUGGAAAUCACAACUUAACUGGUUGUAAAGUUUACGUUUUUUUUUUUUUUUGUUGUUGUUUUUGAGGGGGUUUGGUAGUAACCAACCUUAUGAACAAAGAAAGGUUUGUGUUAUUUCUCUGCAUUUGCAUUUAUUGCAUUGACACUAAAAUGAAAAGAGCCGUGAAAAUGUUAUGAACAAUACUGGUUCACGACGCAACAAACACAACAAAAGUAUUGAUGGUAAUAUUUGUGGUGGGGUCGUGGUUCUCUGAGUUUUACCUGCUUUGCAAGCAGCAACUCUUACAAACAACAACAAAAAAGCACGUGAUUUUUGUGUUCUAUUUUUCGGAUUACAUUAAAACAAAACAAAAAAUGUUGGUGUAGAGUCACAGAGAAUUGUUACAAACAUUACUGGUUGACCACACAACAAUAGUAAAAAUUUUACAUGCAAACAUUGAAAUUACAACGUGACUUCAUUUAUUGGUAAAUAAUUUUUUUGUUUCUGUUAAUUUCAUCUGUCUUGCUAGCAACAAACAUUACGAACAAGCUUACGUUUUCUUUUUCAUUAGCAUCUUUUUUUUUUCUUCUGUUGCCUGAAGGUGUAUUUGGAUUACGCUUAACAUGACAAAAAUCGAUAAAGUAAAAAGGGUUGCGUAGAUCUAAUUGUUACGAACGUUACUGCUUGACACCCACAUUUCACCCACAAAAAAUCGAAACUACGACUUCACUCAUUUAUUGUAAAAUGUAUUAAAAAAAAAUUGUUGCUGUGAAUUUCUCUUUGCUAGCAGCAAACAUUACGAACAAAGGAGUUUUGUUUUUUUUAGUGCAUGAUUUCCUUUAUCCUUUUUCAAAUUACACAAACAAAAUCUGAUUAAUAGCUCGUACAAAAUUUUGAAAUAACAUAGUUACAAAUUAAAUAAACUAUUUCACCCCCAAAAAAAAUGAAAAUUACAAAUUAACUCAUCUUUAAAAAAAUUCUAAAUUGUACUCUUUUGGAUUUCUAUUUUUUGGGGGGUAAAAUGCCGUCCUUAUUUUACUGUAUUUAAUAUACUUGUUCUUUUGUGUUUAUUUUUCUUGUAAAAUUAUGACUUUAUAUUCAAAAUAUAAUUUUUUUUUUUUUUUUUUUUUUUAACCCCUCUUGUAUUUUUGGCAUUUUGCCCAUAACAGCCCUUUUAUUUUCAUAAGACUUAUCGUGGCCCAAAUAUUCCUUAGUACUUGUGGACAAAAUAUAACAAACAUGAGUAAUGUUAACUGUCAAACAAGCAUUUUGUUGUUGUUGUUCAAAGCAACGUAAAGUGUCAUGACAUACUGUUGAGAAGGAAUCUUGCUGUACAAUCAAGUGUGCGUCGCGGCUAACAUCCAGAAACAUCCUGACACUGAAAAUAUAUUCAACGUAUAGAUAUAUUUACAUGUUAAAAUGUUUUUUUAUGUAUAUAUAUAUAUAUAUAUAUAUAUAAUAAAAUGUUCCUUUGCAAGUCUCAUCUAUCAUGAAUUAAGUCGGACAUUAACUAAAUAAAAUUAAGUGAAGAAAAUGUUUAAUAGCUUUAAUUUUAACAUUUGACCAUGAUGCUACGCUAUGCAAUUCUUUAAUGACAACUUUUCACCUAAUAGGUUAAAUCACUGCAAUGUGAAAUGUGGGCGCUGAAUGAAAAGCGAUAUCGUAGCAGGAAAAGAAAUGUCACCAAUGUACACCUGUGUCAUGGAAAUUGCCUUGGAAAAGAAAUCAAAUAAAAGUUGCACUGUUUA